AUGGUCCUUUAUGUAAUGGGCCCCCCGCGAGGGAGGGGUGGUGCCAACACCUCACGCCCAAUUAUAGCAGUCCUUGCUGAUGUGUCGUUCGACACCUUUCGGGUCCGAGUGUUAUGUAUUGAAUCAAUAGUCAACCGUCCGAUGGCAUUCACAGCACUUAAAAACACAUAUUGUGAUGCAUAUAAUCCUACUAGUUCCGGGCCUUUUCUCUCCGCGGGGAAUUCGGACUCGUUAAUGGAUUUAACUGUUGAUGAUAAAAAGCAAGAAUUAGGCGCAUUGAAAGGGUUUCAAGCGUCUCCACCGAGUGCAUUGGGGUCUGUGCUGAUUGAUAUACCCUUAGACACCUCGCACAUGUCGCCCGAUGACUUCAUGUCAAUUGCGUUCUCCCCUCGGUGCAAUCCACUGGGAAGCUUCCACCGUCUUAGUGUUUCCGCACCUCUCGUAAAGGCGGCGUACAUUCACGACUACGUGAUACACGGCCCCGAUUCCCCUGGGCGGAAUGACUUUAUACGUGCGAUGGAAAGGCGCGGUAGUGCGACGAGGCGGGAUACCUCCACGCGCUCUGUUAGCCCCCUAACUCUUCCUCCUACAUUUCCUUUACCCAGUGGUGUUUAUGAACCCCUGAUGUGGGAGGAGGUAGAGGCACGUGCACGCUUAGUACACUUGGAAGAUGUCACCCGCCGACAGUGUCAUUCAGCAGAGGUGUCAGGUUAUCUUCGGGCUCAGCGGCUCACACGUUGCAAAACGUCAUUUCACUUCUCCGACUUCUCAGCGAAGAAAAGAAUACAUGAGGCCGAGGUGAAACUUUUGCGCGAAGAUAUGGAGGUGCGAGCAAAGCGGGAAAGAGCUGAACAUGAGGAGUUCAUGCGAGCGAUGACGCGUGGGCGGACGCAGUUGUUGAAACUGCCAACUAUUACAACAUCCGGUAAAAAAUACAAACCUACGGAGGUAGACAAGCACGUAGCGCGGGUCUUAACCUUCAGGAAACGUGCGGCUAACAAAUCAGACAGCAAGGAGAGACAUUUUCUUGAAAUACUCUAG